UAACUUUACAACAAAAUGUAUCUUAAGGCAUUCUUACGAUAUCGAUAUAAAUACUGCAGCAGAAGAUUCAACUCCCGAGCUCCCUCAAAUUAUGUUUUCAGGUAUAAAAUAGAGUGGAAACAAGAAAUAACCUCUACAUACAUGUCACCUGACUUAGACGCGAUUUUGGGCUCUCUUUAAUUCUUGGAUGGCGAAAUUGUCAUCAAUACAUGUACGGUUGCUUCGACCCGGUGAGUUUUAAAGAGAAUAUCCAUCGCCAUUCCGCUUUCAUGGUCACAGAUGCUUGCAACUUGUCGGCAUCGCUACUCAAAAGACUGCUCAAAAUCCACAGACAGCCAUCACUGCUACUAUAGCAUAGAGAUCUUUAUAAAACAACCCGCCACACACGACCACUCGACCACUCCGCCAUUUUUUGACCACGUUGAGCCGACGCUAUUACGCCAUUAGCGGUAUUGAAAAGGAAGCGGCUCAGUAGGUAGUUCAUGUAUAGUAAUACAAAUUUUACCGCAUAAUAUCGUCAAAGAUGGCGGCAUGUUUUGUAGUGGCGUUUGAAAGAAAUCUAUAUGUUACAGCAGUAGUGAUGGCUCUCCCUGAAUUUUGAACGGCGUUUUGAAUAGCUAUCUCGACAACCCGUUGACUUCUCUAGCGAUGAAAGCGGGAUGGUAAUGGAUAUUUUUUCUGUUGAAACGUGCGUCGAAGUCAACGGAGGAUGGACUGAACAUUUUGAAAGGGCAUCAAAAUCCAAGAAUCAAAGAGAGGGCAAAAUCGCGUCUAAGGGACCUGUAUGAAGUAGUUAUUUCUUGUUUCCAUUCUAUUUUACAUCUGAAAACAUACUUUGAGGGAGCUCGUGAGUUGAAUCGUCUGCUGCAGUAUUUAUAUCGAUAUGCAUAUUUAGUGUCAAAUGGCCAUUUUUGCCGGGGGUCCUCCUAACUUGAAGGGAAUAAAAUAUUUUGACCUACUUUUUGUGCAACAAUAAUUGACUCACCAAACUCAAACUUUGUGCCAAGUUUGAGCGAAAUCGGUGAUUUUAGCUGUAUCACCUGCUGCCUGGUUCUGCCUGGUUUUCUCGUGGACACACUCUUAACGUUAUUAAUGCCGGGCUGUUGAUGAAAGCUUUUGUCCCUUUUGCAGAUGCUAUCAAUCCCAUUCAAUCCUUACACCUGGGACAGUACUAAGCAAAGAGUCAACUCUCAUGUCUUAGCUCUAGACUUAAAAGAUGAAACACGCAAGCUGAUCAAAGUAUCAAAUCUCUCAAACAACGUUAUCAUCGUUGAACCAUUACAAAACCAGAUGGUUUCCUUCGAAAAUGGGCAGUAUUUCACCCAGAAUGAUAAUCUGCAUUUUCACGUAAUUGAUGUUAAGUACGAGAAUACCCUGAUAAUGCUGGAAAUCACGCCUACUGAGGCAAAUACAAAUCUGUAUGUAUACCUGCGAUAUGGUCAGCGGCCAACCACCCAAGUGCAUGACCUCAAUGCCACUGUCUCGAAGAGCGAAAAGUGUGUUUGGUCACCGGGUGCGCAUGGCAGAAAGGAUGGCAAAACUAAAUGUUCCCAGCUAACGAGUCCAAUAGAAACUCUCGCCAAGCGACCAGGGAAGUACUUUCUUGGAGUGCAAGGCUAUAACAGAAGUGGAACAAACUCUCACAAGAGGGACAAAAGAUCAUGUUUCGGAAAUAGACGACAAAAGCGUUCAUGUGUCGAGGUCAAGGAUCCCCCUCCCACUUCCCCUCAGGACGAAAAUGUCACUGUGGUGCCAGUAUACGAUUCUAAAUCGGAUCAAAACUAUACUCUGAGGGUUGCCCUUGGGAGCUGUGUCUUCUGGUCAGAGGACAGAGAAAAGUGGAUAACAGAGGGCUGUCGGGUUUUAUCAGCAACAUACAACGCAUUUAUUAAUUGUUCCUGUAAUCAUCUGACUUCAUUUGGAGGAGCUCUUUUGAUUAAACCGAAUCCCAUUGAUUUUGACAAGGUCUCAGUGGAGUUCAAGGAUCUCGAAGAAACUGGGAAUGUUGUAGUUAUUGUGAUGAUCUCUGUAGUUCUCCUGUGUUAUAUUGUCGUGCUGGUUAUCGUCAGAAAAGCGGAUCAAAAAGACGCCAGAAAUGUAAGCAUCGAUUAGGACAGUUUAUUUCGAUAGGGUGCAUAAUUACAGUCAGGGCUGUAGUCUUCCUUAUGGCCCUAUAUAACAUGACUUAUUACAGGAAGUUUAACCAUAUCGAUUUAUAAGAAUUAAUGUUGGGUUCAACUGUAAAAUCCGCUGUUUUGAACAUUUUUACAAACUUGCCGGGUUCUACCCUGGAAUCCAACGAUUUCAGUUCAACAAUUUUGGAAUUUGUACAAAAGCAGCUUGUAAAAAAAUUGUUGUAAAUUUAAGCACACCGGGCUAGCAGAGGCUUGAAGCUGCACCCUCGGAGAAACUUUUCGCUCUUUUAUCCGAUGCAGCUCAAACUUUGCAGUGAUAAAACUUUUAAUUUCAAACAAUCGUAUGGGGUUUUUUGUUAUUACUUAAAUAAUUUUUCCCUGUUAAGGCCCAAAAUGUAGUUAAUUCGGAUAGAACUCGUUAAGAUAAAGUGAAAUGCGAAAAACUUAUUGAAAAAGACAUGAUGAUAGAUGCGAAUGCAGCCAUAACACUACUGG